GAAAUCACGAAAAGAUGGAUAUUGUACAUGAAGCUGACAAGCGUGGUUGGAUAUCAAAAUCUUCAAAUGUUAAGCGCUUUGUUGAGGAAUGGAAUUAUAAGUUGAAUAGGAAUGCCUUGUUUGAACAUGGAAGUUUUUUGACCGAAAAUAUGUUUAAGGAAAUAGACUCGACUUUUAGCUUGGAAGUUUGUCCUGAAGUAGCAGAAUAUGAAUAUUCCAGAUUCCUCGAAAUUCCAGAAGAUGUAGAGUUGGUGACACUGAUCGUGCAAAAAAUAGAGUUGAAUAAAAGAAAUAGUAGUGUGAAGUAUGACAAACAGGUUUAUCAACAUUUCAGGAACUAUAAUUUUCCUCCUCAUCAGAUGGUGGGAGCUGAAAAUGUAGAAGACAUUCCAUUUGAACCUGUGGAUGAACCUGAAGUCGCUUUGACAGUUCAGAUAUACAGACCCGAAAAAAAGGCUACUCCUUAUGAUAGAAAAUUUCUUUCCAGACUUCCUUGUUUUAAGAUUGAAUCAAAUUUUAUGGUUCUUGGUAACCAAUAUUUGUGUGAAUUACGAGAUAAAAUAGAAUGUCUUUCUGAUAAAGUAAUUCCUUUUGAGCUAAGUGAUUUUCCAGACAUGGAAAUUUCUACAACGUGCAAGGAUUUAUACAAAUCUGGUUUUUUUUACAUUGAAGGUGUAGUAUAUAAUGACAUGAGAGAUCCUGAUUGUCGAGAUUAUAGUGAACCAGUCAUUCAAUGGUCCAAAACUGGCACAGAUGUGAUGGAGAUGCAAAAAGGUAGCAUGGAAAACACAAAAUUUAAAGAUUUGAAGUUACGUCUGGGAUACCCAUAUCUAUAUAACCAUCAAGGAAAUUGUGAACAUUUACUAGUAUUUAGUGACAUGAGACUGUUGUCCGAUGAGGAUGUAAAGAAUAAAAAUGCAUAUCCAAUGCUCGUUACUGCAAGGCAUAACAAAAGAAUAUUUUGCAUGGUUUGUAAAAUAUUUGAUGCGAGAUGGGUAGUCUUUAACAAUCCACGCCUUCCUGAAACUCCUUUUAUGUUUUGCAAAAAAUGCUAUGUUGGUUUCAACUAUGACAGUAAUAAGCAAAAGAUUGGACAGUUUAAGGCCUAUCGUUUCAUCGAUCCUCCAGCUGUGAUGAAUGCGUAAAUUAUUUUAACACUGUGAGCUUUUGUAUAUUUUAAAUAAAAUGUUUUUAAAAAUA